CCAUGUUCACGGUACCAAAUCCAAAAUGGCAGAUAAUAAGAAGUCUAGCUCCGAAAAUGCUACCAGCCCUGUUGUCCCUAAUGAGUAUGAAGUUGAAAGUAUUGGAGACUUCGUCAGGGAUGAGAGUGACACUGUCUGGUACUAUGUGAAGUGGAAGGGUUACUCAACCAGUGAGAACACAUGGGAACCCUUGAAAAACCUGGCAGGCUGCUCGAAACUCAUCAAGAAAUUUCACAAGAAAGAAAAUCGAGAAGAGUACAAGCGCAAGCGCGAGCACUCCGGCGAAACUCUUUACUCCAUCAAGAGCAAAAAGCCGAAGUGCAGUAACGAGGACGGAGUCAUCACCCCAGUGGACCUUUCCAGUCAGCGGACAGCCAAUCAGAAAGCCCUCAAGAAAUGGGAAAAGGAUUUGAACGCAGUGUGUACGGAGAAAGCGCGCAUUCUCGUUAAGAACAAUGUGGAUUUGGUCGGUCCACCCAAAGACUUCAAUUACAUUAACGAUUACAAACCGGGGCCGGGACUCGUCAUCCCGAACGAUCCGCUCGUGGGCUGUGAAUGCGAGGACUGUAGCACUUGUUCCGGCUGUUGCCCGCAGAAAAGUGGCGCCCCCUUUGCGUUUCAUAAGAAUGGAAAGAUUAAGGUAGCGCCCGGUAAGCCGGUGUACGAGUGUAACAUACGGUGUAAGUGUGGCCCCAAGUGUCCAAAUCGUGUGGUGCAGUACGGCCGCCAGAAGGACGUUGCCAUCUUCAGGACCUCUAAUGGAUGUGGCUGGGGUGUCAGGACGCUUUCGGAGAUCAGGAAAAACACAUUUGUCAUGGAAUAUGUUGGGGAGGUAAUAACUAAUGAGGAAGCAGAAAGGAGGGGUCAAAUCUACGACGCUAACGGCAGGACCUACCUCUUCGACUUGGAUUAUAACGAUGGAGACUGUCCGUUCACUGUGGAUGCUGGACGCUAUGGAAACGUCUCUCACUUUGUUAACCACUCUUGUGAUCCAAACUUAGUUGUCUACGGUGUGUGGGUAAAUACACUGGAUCCCAGACUACCAAGGAUAGCGUUAUUUGCGAGUAGAGACAUCCAGGCCGGAGAGGAGUUGACGUUUGACUAUCAAAUGACAGGUGAAUUGAACACUUCAGGAACGUCCUCAAAGUUACAGCCCAUCCGCUGCAGGUGUAACUCCAAGAAUUGUAGGAACUUUCUCUUUUGACUUUGUAUAUAUUUAUGUGUUUUUUCGUCAGUGGGAGUAAAACUCAAAAAUGUUUUUUCUGUGUUUAAGUACAAAAUUAUGCGACCUCUUUCCAAUUUAGGCUCCUAACUGAGUGACAUAUCUCUACCGGUUGUGGUGAAGUUUGUUUUGCGUACAUCACGAAAAUAUAUGUAUAUGUUUUAUAUCUGUGGGUUAUUUUUUUUGCUCGAUUUCUAAUUUAAGAUGACUUUAUAUAAUUUAGCUUGUUGAACAAUUAUUACAUGUUAUGUUUAGUACAAAUUAUGAGAGAAAGUUUUAGUGUUGGAUCUCCAAGAUCGUUGAAGUGGAACUCUAGUGUAGAUUGUAAGUUUUCUUUAUGUGGGCUUGGGUUGGCUAAUUAUUUUGUGUGGGAAACCAAUAGUAUACAAAUAUUGAGCGGCACAGAGUGGAAUGGGAGGAAUAUUAU